AUGGCUGACCAAAGACGACACGGUAAGUCUCGUUUCUCCGUCUCACGACUUUCAAAUGAUAUCUUUUGUAAAAGACUGCUCCGCUAUAUUGGAGGAGCUACCACCGGCGACGCAUAUGCCGAACGAUUUCCUAUCUAUUUUAAAGGAGCCAGGGUAAACCUCUACUUAUAUAGUAAGGCGCAAACUGAAUUAAUAUUCGAGAAUAAAGACCUUGGAAAUACUCUAUAUAUGGAGCUCUAUGGUACUACAAGGCGUUUAUGGGCGUAUUCAAGAUUCAUCUACUCGUUUAUUGCUAUGGUUGCAAUCUUAGGGGGUUAUAUCUUUACAGGUGCCUAUUAA